AUGAAGAUUUUGCUGCUAUUAGGGGUGUGCUGGGCGACUUAUUUAAGAAAUGAGGAAAAAAUAAUCCCAGAACCUAUGCCAAUUCAAGCUGAAAAUGAUGAAUUCCCUGGGUUUGGAAAUGUCCAAUACAUAAAUCAAUUAAAAUCGAAAUUAAUAGAAGAACCAGCUGGAUCGUCAAGAAUUGAUAUAAAAAUAGAUGGAAGAAACUAUAUUAGUCCUUGGGUUUUAGAUAGAAAAUCUAAAGGGAUGGCAAAAAUGAAUAAAUUUAAAAAAAUAGAGAAAUGUUUGGAUUGUGAAGAAAGCAUUAAGAAAAACACAGAGGAUUAUAAUGAGUUGAAUUUUGAUGAAGAAAUGGAAAAAAUAAAUAAGCAAAUAGAAGAAUUAGGCUUGGGAGAAAAUCAAAUUGAUAAGAUGGAAGAAAAUAUCGAUUUGGAUAUUAUGUAUACAAUUGAAAAACAGCUUAAAGAGAUCAAGAAGCUGCAAAUGGGUAUAGCCUAAGCACAAUUUUGGCUGGGGCUUCCCAUUCUUUAUAACAGAGAAAAGCUUAAGAAAAUUUAUAUUGGCCAUACCAUCUCCCUAAAUGACAGAACCACUUGCUGCAGGUUUUUUGCUAUUUGGGGCUUUGGUUUGCAUAACAUAAGUUGAUGAAUCAACUCCUAUUUUACCGCUGGGAAGAAAAGGAAUCUCAAGCCAAAACAGUGCUCGGGCUAUAUUGAUUAA